GGCAUUUGCGGGAGUACGCCGUUACACGGUGUUCUUACAAUAAUGGCUACAGUGGGAAGAGAGUGAGUGGAAAAGAGGUGGAGUGGCGAGCGAGAAGUGACACAAAUCAAUGUGAGCACCCAAACUAGCAGCAACGGCAGCAGCAGACUCCCCGACCUCCAUCACCCCUCUGCCUUUUCCUGGGAGAGACCAGUAGAGACAGUCACAGGAAAGACUACAACAACACACCACGGGAUUGGCUGUCUCUCUUGAUGAUGGGUAUUCCUUCUGCGACAGAGCCACAUCUGUGGGGACACUAGAGUGAAUAAGAUCAGUGGACAGAACAGUUUCUGGACAUUUUUCCCUUCUGGCUGUUCAUCGAGUAACUGGAUGUCUUCCAAGCGACCAGCCUCUCCAUAUGGGGGGACAGAUGGAGAGGUAACCAUGGCAACCAGCAGACAGCGAGUGGAAGAUGAGGAAAGUGAGGGACUGGGUGGUGUCAUUCACCUCCCCCUGGCCUCCUACUGCAGCAAGGUGUCCCCACGCUCACCCCCCAACCGCAACUUGGACAGCCCCCCCAGCACAGAACAUGAUGCCACUAAGGGGAGCUCACUGAGUCCUUAUACCCAGCACAAUGCUACCUCACCAGGGAAAGAGGAAGGUGGAGGUGGGGGUCGUCCUUGCAGCGAUGGGGGCUCUGCCCCAGGUAUCCUUGGCACCCCUGAGAGACGUAAGGGCAGCUUGGCUGAUGUCGUGGAUACACUGAAACAGCGCAAGAUGGAGGAGCUGAUCAAAAAUGAGCCGGAAGAGACCCCAAGCAUUGAGAGGCUGUUGUCAAAGGACUGGAAGGAUAAACUUUUGGCCAUGGGCUCAGGGCACAUCGGAGAAAUUAAAGGAACCCCAGACAGCCUGGCGGAGAAAGAGCGCCAGCUCAUGGGCAUGAUUGGGCAGUUGAGCAGCCUGAGGGAGCAGCUCCUGGCGGCCCACGAAGAGCAGAAGAAGCUGGCUGCCUCGCAGAUGGAGAAGCAGAGGCAGCAGAUGGAGCUCGCCAAGCAGCAGCAGGACCAGAUUGCCCGGCAACAGCAGCAGCUUCUGCAGCAGCAACACAAAAUCAACCUCCUGCAGCAGCAAAUCCAGCAGGUCCAGGGCCAACUCCCCCCACUGAUGAUUCCCGUCUUUCCCCCUGAUCAGCGGACUCUGGCGGCAGCUGCAGCCCAGCAAGGCUUCUUAAUGCCGCCUGGCUUCAACUACAAACCCGGCUGCAGUGACCCCUACCCCCUCCAGCUCAUCCCCACAACAAUGGCUGCAGCUGCUGCUGCCGCCACACCUGGUCUGGGACCCCUACAGCUGCAGCAGUUGUACGCAGCUCAGUUAGCGGCCAUGCAGGUUUCCCCGGGGGCCAAGCAGCAUGGGGGCAGUCUUCCACCUCAAGCCAACCUGGGUACACACUCCCCACCCACCAACACACACUUACAGAGUGACAAAGGUCGCAGUUCCACGCCUCCCAACAAAACCAAGGACAGUGAGGGUGCACAGCCACUGAACCUGUCGGCCAAGCCUAAGGCAUCCGAGAGCAAGUCACCCAACUCCCCCCCAACUUCCCCACAGGUCCCUGCUGCUGCUGCUGCCACCAAGCUGGGCCCUGCCGGCUCCAUGAAGCACAGUGCCGCCCCCUCCAGCAUUGGUGGACCUACGACCAGAGUCAGCUCCAUAGAUUUGUUGUCAUCGCUUUCUUCAACAGCCUACCUUAACGAUCAUGAGGCAGUGACCAAGGCCUUUGCUGAGGCCCGGCAGAUGAAGGAACAGCUGAAAAGAGAGCAGCAAGUCCUCGACGCCAAGGUGGCUGCCGUCAGCAACCUCGGCCUCAACAACGGACGCUCAGACAAGGACAAAGCUGCCUUGGAGAGUUUGAGUCAGCAGCUGAAGCAGCAGGCAGAGGAGAAGUUCAGCCACGCCAUGCUGGACUUCACCAUGAGUGGAGACUCCGAUGGCUCCCCCAGCGUGUCUGACUCUAGAAUAUUUCGGGAGUCUCGAGGUCGGAGCAGCAACGAGCCACACAUCAAACGGCCAAUGAACGCCUUCAUGGUUUGGGCCAAGGACGAGAGGCGAAAGAUUCUGCAGGCCUUCCCAGACAUGCACAAUUCCAACAUCAGCAAAAUUCUAGGCUCACGCUGGAAAGCCAUGACCAACCUGGAGAAGCAGCCCUACUAUGAAGAGCAGGCUCGCCUCAGCAAGCAGCACUUGGAGAAAUACCCAGACUACAAGUACAAACCCCGGCCCAAACGUACCUGCCUGGUGGAUGGCAAGAAGCUGCGCAUCGGCGAGUACAAGGCCAUAAUGAGGUCCCGCAGACAGGAAAUGAGACAAUACUUCAGUGUAGGGCAGCAAGGUCAGCUGCCCUUGUCCUCUGCGGGUGUGGUCUACCCAGGUGCCCUGUCCAUGCCCGGGAUGCCCUCCCCCCAGAUGCCCUCAGAGCAUUCAAGCAUGUCCAGCAGCCCCGAGCCCAACGCCAACCACCACCAGAACCCCCAUAUGUCUGGCCUGAAGGGAGACGAGCCACGAAUCAAGGAGGAGGAGCUUCGGCUAGACGACAGCAACGGUGAUGCAUAUGAUGAUUUUGACUAUGAGGAUGAAGAGGCGGACUACGCCAGCGAUAACGAGAACCAUAUCACCCAAUAGGACGGUGCCAUAGCCACCUGCCUAAAAACCAGUUGCAGCUGGUUAAUCUCACAAAAUCCCAAACCCACCAAUCAGGAAGAAAACUUUCUCUUUUGCCAAUCACCUCAAAUUUCACAAAACCCCGCCUCGCAUUCCCCCCCUCCUGACUUACAGGGACUCUUAACAGAGCCAAAGCCUCUCCAGCCGGAGUCCUGAUAGCAGCAUCUGAUCAAUCAACAGAAGCACAGGAUCUGUCACUCACACUGACUGUUACACCGACUGAAGACUGGGAGGGAAAAUCAACCAAGCCAGUUCAGAGGCGUGUUGAGGAAUAUUCGAGUACUACUGCAAAAGUUUAAGCGUGUUACCACGAGUGAUGAGAGACGGAAAAAAAUCCUUCUCUGAAAGCAACCUUUUAGUCCUGUUUGUAGAAAAGGAGACAUUUUAAAAUGAACUAAACAGUGGACCUGUCGCAGGCUAACAGAUGACACUUUAAGGUGGUGGACCUGUUUAUUAUCAGAGACACUUUUAAAAAAACAGCUUUUUUGUUCUUUGGUUCUAUAAUAUUCUCACUCAGGUACACGGUGCCAAUAAGUGGCUUGUGAAUGUGAUUUGUUGUUUUUGUGCUACAAGUUUUAAUAAUAGAAAAAAAGAGACUUUUCUUUUCCCCCUUUUGUUGUAAAGCACCUGAAAGACAUCAGAUGUUUAUUUUUAACAAGAAUAUCUUUUCUUCAACCUCGCAGUGUGCUGUCAGUGCUCCCCCCUGUUCUCUGCAUUUUUUUUUUUUACCCCCAGCCGGGACUGCCCACCACAUCAUGGGCCACCCCGCCUUGACUGAAUUUUCAGGGAGAGAGAAAGGGGGUGUUUCUCUGGCAUCACAGAGCGGAAAUGAAAGCACUGUGUUGUGAGACAAUCCGCAAGUUUUCUUCUCGCUCCUAUGUCGAUCUCCUCCAGGGCAAAGCGUCGGCACGAGUUCGCCCGAAAACACAGCGUGAGUGUGUGUCAGCGCGUGUUCUCGUUUACUGGACGUUUGCACUUUUUUUAAGUGCAGUAAAAGAAGCUGAAAAAUAAAUGCUCUGGCUGCUGUGAACACAUGGACACACACACACGUGGCUGUUUUUCUGUCUUAAGUGUUUUUCUGCUCCCUCCAAUCAACGUCGUCCUGCUGUAACCCAGUGGGUGGAGCCGGGUGAAGUCAGCCAGUCAGUGUUUGUAUUUGAAUACUGUAUUUUAUUAUUUCUCUUCAAACUGCCUCUAGUCUAAUAAUAUUAUUAACAAUAAUUAUAAGGAUGGUCAGCGUUUCCUAAGUUUAGUAAGUUAUGUACAGUAUAAUUUAUUUUUCUCCUCUUCAUUGGGUUUUUAUGACCAUAUGAAACUAUGACAGUCAAUAAAACAUUAUUCUAUUUAGCUGGUAGGUAUUUAGAUCUAAACAGAAGUUGUCAUUUUACCUUAUUUUUUUUUUUUUUUUUUUAAUUUGUUUGUUUUGUAUUAAUCCUCUGGACGGUGGGCAGGUGGAGUUAGGACAGUAACCCCGAUGCCAGCCCUCCCCUGAGCUGAAGAAUCGUUUUUUUUUUCCAUUUCAGUGCAAACCUAUUUCUAAGAAGCACUCAGACUCUGUGCAGUCAGAGAACAAGAAGAACAUGACUUUUCAUUGUUAUUCUAAUUUUAUUUGUAAUGAUUAUUACCAUGUAUAAUGUGAAGGUUUCCUUUUUUUGUCAUUUAUUUAGAAAUCAGUUGGAUUGCUUUUGGACAGUUUUCUGUAAACAAAGAGACCCGUCCCCGUUUACUAGUUUGGCCGCUUCAUUGGGACACAGUGGAGCAUCUUUGGCUUGGAUCCACACACACAUCUACACGCACAAACACAAUCAGACACACACACACACAUUUUAAAAUGAAGAGAUUAUGACAACCAAACAAAUCCUAUGCUGUCCUUCUGUUUAAAAUCCUGUAAAUAUGUUUUUGUGAUAACAGUGAUUUUCUUUUUCAAUCAUAGGAAAGCAGUGUUUACAGUGAUCCACCAAAGGUGUUCUACUGUGUAUGUGUGUGUGUAAGAGAGACUGUGUGUGUGUUUGUGUGGCGGUUCAACCAUAUCUUUAACUUCUCAUCAGGAGUCCUUUACUUUGUUUUAGCUCCACACGAUGUUACAGGAACCAUGACUAUUCUUCAGGAGAGACGUCGUAUAGUAAUCCCCACAAUCUUUCUUGCUAUAGUCGUUCCCUACAUGCCACAUAAGAAGCUUCUGGGUUUUAACUGUGCUGUAAAGUUACCCCUGCUAUCAUGACAUUGUUGAACCUGUUGCUGGAAGGAGGGGACUGUCUGGUUUUAUGAUAUCAGGAGGGCGUGUGGGGCAUUAAAACAUCAAUCAUCCCUGCUGGCAAGGUCUGUCCCCACAUCAAGACAAUGAAAGUUCUAUUAUUUAAGACAAUCAAAGUCAUGAGCGGAGCUUAAAACAAAGUAAGAAUUAUUACAAGUAAACGAAAAAUAUCUUACCAUCUCAACUUGAAAAAUCAAGAAAGAUAAUUAUGUAAAUAUAACAUAGAGUUAUAGAUUUAUAUUUUGUUCAUAACACAGUGUAAUAUAAGUUGUAUAUUUCUUUUUGUCUCUCCCUACUGUCUCUUUUAUUGAUGUUAUCCAUGCCACAGAAAAGCAGGAGUCGCAGCACUCUUGCAAAAAAAUACAGAAAAAUAUCAAAGAAAUAAAGAAAAACAGGGGAAAAAAAAAAGCCGUGGGCUGCCACCACCAUCUGUUCUAAGUUCACUUUUUCAGUAUUACUGCCAGACAAGGCUCUAAUAAAGACAGCAAUGUGUUCAGUAAAA